AUGACUAACUUAAAAACGAUUGAAGAUGUUAUGUUGCCAAUGAGAGUUCUCAAUUGGAUAGUAGGAUGUGGAGGCAUUAUCGAAUAUCCAUUGAAUAAUCCGCAUGUGGUAAUGAGUUUAGUGUAUUCAGCAGCCUGCACCCUUAAUUACUGUUUACUGACGUACCUCUGUGUGUACUAUAAUAAUAACAACACUUUAUCGGGAAAUAUCGAGAAUGGCGGCGUCACACGCAGUGACAAUCUGUUUCAGAUUUUCUCCUAUGCAAAUACUCUCGUCACAGUUGUAACAAUUUUCAUGGGUUGGAGGCGAGGAAAAGGAGUGAAAAUUAUUAUUCAAAGCAUACAAAAAGUAGAUGUACUAUUACGGAAAUUGGGAAUAUUAGACGAGUAUGAUAAGAUGUUUAUGAAGCAGAUUUUUCUUACGGCAUUCACAGUAACAAUGAUAACGAUUUUGACAAUAAUAAAUGGGUAUACUCUCUUCAUGUGCGCGUUUUGUUCCUACGAUAUAAAAAUGAUAUUUGUCAUGAAGUACAAUUACCCAGUAGGCAUCAUGUUCAUCAAUGACAUUACCUUCAUCAGUUAUAUCAGAUGCUUAAGACGAAAGUUUCAACAAUUGAAUGAUAUGUUAAAAACUAUGUCAGGAGCCUCUCCUCUUUACCCACAAUACAUGAAAUUGAUUACCGCCAAAACUAGAAUGGACAAAACACAAUCUAAUAAGCUUGAACACAAAACGAAUGAUGAUACUCAAAUGAUCAGGGUCGCAAAACAGGCACAUCUGGCUUUAGUAAGAAUCUGUAAACGCGUCAACAACAUUUUUAGACUGCAUUUACUUAUGUCAAUGACUCUUGCUUCGGUUUUUAUCAUUUAUUUUUCAUACAAUGCUUAUACUGUCUACCUUUAUUCCCAUGAAAAAAAUAAGAGCAAGGAAAUUAUCUCAUCUUUGAACUAUCUUCUCUUCUUUAUUAUGAAGAUAUUGACAGUUAAUCACAUUUGCGAUAGAACAAGUCUAGAGGCCUUGAAAACAGGGAGUAUCGUAUGUGAAUUACACGAACCAGCAACUAGUAAAGAAUUCCGUUUAGAGAUUGGGGAUUUCACAUUACAACUUAUCCAAAACCCUUUAAAAUUUUCUGCUUUUGGCAUUGUGACACUUGAUCACACUUUCAUUCAAGAUGUCGUUGGGACGAUUACAACAUAUCUAGUGAUUCUAGUUCAAUUACGAGAUAUGACUGAAUCAAAGUAG